UUUCUUAAAAGUAAUAGUUCCUGAACUAGAAGAUGCACAAGAUUACUUAAAAGCAGUGGUAUUGGAUAGUGUAUUGCAUAAAAAAAAGGAUAUUUUUAAUCACAUGCACGUUACUUUUAAUCCAAUGAUAUAUGGCGAGGCUGCUAUUGUUGAUGGCAAUGAUUAUUCAUUAAAUACGAUUUCAAAACGAUAAGAACAUCUCAAGUUGAAGUAGAUUUAUCUCCCAAAGAUUUAUGGAAGACUUGCGAGUAUGAAUAAUGUUAUGCUUCUGGAUCAGCGAUUUCCUAAAAGACCAAUGCUUAUGUGGCCACAUCAUCAUAGUAGUCCUCCUUGUGGAGUAAAUAUUACGAUGAAUGAAAAAAUAUCUAUUGUUUUAACAUGGUCAAAAAGUCCCCCUACUAUAACAGCAUUCCAAUAUUUAACUUCUGCAUCCGGACCUGUAACAUCCACAUGUCAGCCUGUGUCAAUCCCAUCUUUUAAUAAGCAUCCAUCAUAUUCUCGAUCAAAGUAUAUGAGAUCACCUUAUACAAUACGAGAUGAAAAUCAACAACAAAAACUACCAUCACUUUCGAGCGUGUUAUUAAGUAAUGAUUUUACACCAAAAAAAGCAGAUAAUAAUUUAAACUCCUGCUUUAAUAUAUUUCAACUUUCUCAGACUGGUGCUCUUUAUUCGCAAGCUUUUCAUGCUAAAGAUAAAACUGACAUCACUAUCCGACCUAGUAUACCAUCAAAUAGAUUCAAUUUGCAAAUUAUUGAAAUGUCAGAUUCAAUAGCCUCAUUGCAUAGUUUAGCAGAUAUGGAUGUUGGUACUAUGCCUGAAUUACGUGUGAAACAGAGUCAAAAUUGGCAUUUUGAGAAAAUAUGGGAUUGACUUUAAAUGUAUAUCUUUAAAUAAUAUUUCACCUUUUGUUCUUAAAACUGGUACAUUAUUUAUUUCGUGGGAAAUUGUAGAAAACUUUUUUG